AUGAAUAAAGUUAGCUGCUCUCUGGAUUCUUUUGAUGCAAUCUUCAUAUCAAGCUGCGGCCACUUUGCUUGCCCAAAGCAUUAUUUUUAUUACAAAAGUCAAGGUUUCGAACUCGAGCGUAUAAAGAUUUCAGUCAACAAUAAAUCAAAAGAAAUUUUGAUCAAUUUUAUACUCGCUGUAAGGGAGAAAUUUACCUUUUAUUCUAAUGAUUUAAUUAAUCCAAAAAAUCAAAGCGAUUCAGAAGAAUACAUUUCUAGAUUAAAAACAAUAACUGAAGCCUAUAAUUACUGUAAUAGAAUCUUAUUGCUCUUACUCCCCCCCUCCGUGAGUGAACAAAACCAUUAGAAAAAUCCCUAUUUUUUGCCCAAACAUGAGUGAACAAAAAUUUUUUUUAAUAGAAAAAUUUUUUAUGGAAAAUAAUUUUGAUAUAUAAAUAAUAAUUAGUAUAAUGAAAUCUAGAGCUAAUUCUGCUUAAUUUUAAACGAAUUGCUUUUUAAAACAUAAACUUUAUAAAUUAAAUUAAUAUUUGCUUUCCAAUUUUUGCGAAUUAGGAUUUUUUAAAUUUCGAAAAAAAAAUGUUUUAUAAAAUUAAUAUAUAAAUUUUUAAAAAAAAAAAUUAGCCCCCCUCGUGAGUGAACAAAAUUUUUUUGUUCACUCACGGAGGGGGGGGAGUUAGCAAGAAAGCAAUUCGUUUCUACAAAAUUAAUUUUGAGUCCUUUUGAGUAUUUUUUAAUCGAGCCACCUUGCAAAGCAAAGAAAUACGUAAAUAAUUUUAGAUAUUCAGAAGAUUUGAUACAUUUUUAUAAAUCAUUUAAAACCUAUGUAUUUGAUUUCAAUUAUUUUAAAUUUGAGGAUCAAAGAUACAUUCAUGGAUUUGAACACAAGACAAGCUAUUAUAAGUCUCAUAUAUCAAGUUUUUGCUAUAUUUUAUUUUCCAAUUUUAUUCAAAUUUCUGAAUAUGAGAUGGCUUAUGAAUUAAUUCAAAGUUUGCUAAGUCACCCCAGUUAUUUGAAAAAUUCCUAUUUUUUUAGGUAAACCCAACGUUUGUGAAAGAAAAACACAUUUAUUAUGUAUAUAUAAAGUGAUAAUUUGUAUCUCUAGAGCUCUUUCUGUGGAAUUUUAAACAACUUCCAACAUAUUACAAAUUAAUUAAUUGGAUUUUUUAAUUUCGAAAAAUAAAGUUAUAUAUAAAUUUUAAAAAAAAUUAAAUCUUUGAACAAACAGAAUGUUUUUGUUCCCUUAUGGAGUGGGAAGUAAGCUAUAAAGAAUUGUAUUAUCAUCCUUUAAUUGAAAAAACUUUAUAGCCUUUUUCCUUAAAAAGACCAAUAGGAAAUGAAUUGGUCGCUAAAUCGCCUCUUUGGUUUGACCAACUUUACUUGGUCAGGACGAAAUAAAUAAUUUUCGGACCAAGUACAAAGGUGAACCAAAAAGUCUACCCAAAGGCAAUUCUUUGCCUUAUGGGCUAUUAUAGGAAUUAGAUUUAGAUUAUAUUAGAUUAAAUUGUGCUGUGUCUUUAAAGUCCCCGCUUAGUCGUCGUAACGUUCUAUGGGUUUACCUUGAGGGAUGACAGAGGUGCAACCGCUUCAAGCCUGGGCUGAAACCCCGGUUUGUCAGUAGAGGUGAUGAUCAAAGGGACAGUUCAUAAUAUCAUCGCUGACCACCUCCAGUUCCAACUUGUCACGUCGCCCUAUUUUACGCCAACUCUGUCCGUGCCAACGCCAGAUCCGCCGCUGAGAGCGCCUUAACUGGAAAAACCUCAUUUGGGUUGUCUAGCUUGCCUUCCACUCUUUUUCGCUCAGCCAGAGAAAGAACUCAACAAGCUUUCUCUAUUUGGGGCAAACCACAAAAGCAGCCUAGCAGGUAAGUCGCCCUGCCUUAUUUCGGGCACCCACUGGGUGGGCGCUGCUGGAAAAAAGAAUUCACGAGUAACUGCCCAAGGGUUUCCACCAUUUUAUGUAUAUUACUAUUGGAAUUAGCUAUAUCUAUUUGUGAGGAAUUUUGUAAUAUUCUUAAAAAAUUUAUAAAGAAAGAGGAUUAUAAUAAACUCUUGGAGCAAUGAGAAGCAUUAGAUAUUAGUUCAUAUCAAACAAGUGAGUCAACCUUAAAGAAUUCUUUGAUCCGAAUACUUUCAGCAAUAUUUAGAAAUGAAAGUAAAAAUAGUUGCCUCUUUAAUUUUCUUCUCACUCCCCCCGUCCGUGAGCGAGCAAAAUCAUUAGAAAAUUCCCUAUUUUUUUGCCCAAAACCCCACCCUCAGUGAGUGAACAAAAAUUUUUUUUAAUAAAAAAAUUUUUAUAUAUAAGUGAUAAAAUAUUUGCUUUCCAAUUUUUACUAAUUAGGAUUUUUUAAAUUUCGAAAAAAAAUUUCUAUGUAUAAAUAAAAUUAAAAAAAAAUUAACCCCCCCCCUCCGUUAGAGAACCAAAAAAUCUUGUUCGCUCAUGGAGCGGAGUGGAGUUAGAGUAAAAAACUUUUGCUGAAACUUUGGCUAUAAAUAUGAUGCAAUAAUCCUCAAUCAAGAACUAGGCUGAUUGCAUUAUAAUAAUAAAAACUACAAUAAAGCAAAAAUAUAUUUCAUGAAAUCUAUCAAUUAUCAUAAAGAACUGAAGAAAAGUGAAUUUUCAAAACUUUUAUUUGAUCCUUAUCGUGGUUUGGCAAUGACAUAUAAGUCCCUAAAUAAAACAAAAAAAGUGAAAAAAAUUCUUGAAAUCAUAGAAAAAGAAGAAGUAAAUUUCUUGAAUAACUCCCCUCUUUAAAUUGAACAAAAAUACUGUUACAAUUUAAAGGUAGGCUAAAAAGAAUUUAUAAUAAAUUAUUUUUAUCAAAAAUAUUAAUUAAAAAAAUUUAUUCAAUUUAAAGAGGGAAGUAAGAAUAAAUUUAAAUUUUACGCAACUAUUGCAGAGAUUGAUUAUCUUUUAAAUAGUUAUGAGAAAGCUAUUAAAAAGAUAUGAAUGUGCAUAAAAUUAUCCAAGCAAAAUGAAUUUAACAGCUCUGAUGAACUAUCAGGUUUGUACUUAUAUUUAGGAAAAAUUUAUACAUUAAAAGGGGAUUUUAAAAGAGCUCACAUAUAUUUUCAUAAUGCUAAUUCCUUGAUUGGUAUUUUGUCUUCCGGCGAUCCCAAAGUAAAAGAAAUAUAUAAAGCCAUGGGAGUAUUUUAUUUAAAUAGUCAAUGAUAUAAGGAUGCUUUGAUGUGCUUUGAAUACGCAGCAAAUAAUUCAUUAGGACAUGAGCUAUUAUUCCUUAAAUUUUCUAUAGGGAUCGCUUAUUUUUGAAUGUUUAAUUAUGAGAGAGCAAUUGAGUGCCUAAUCUGAGUACAAGAGCAAAUGCUUUAUUUCGAAGAAAUUUAUAAAAGUGAAUUAUUUAUAGCCCAGAAGGCUUUUUGCUGGGCUAUCGGGUUUCUAUCCAACCCGUGAAGUUGUUUGAAACCAAAGUCACCAAACCAACUCCACGAGCUGACAUUGAUAAUAUUUUUUAUUGCCAACUCUUGGAUAUGAUUUGGCAGCUUUUGGUUCGAAACAACUCUACGAGCUGGAGAUAAAGCUGCUAACCAAAAUGAGCUAAAAAGCCAUCCUAGGCUAUAUUGUCAAUGCAUAUAUUGGAGAAUUGUGCUAUUUAAUUGGCUGAGAUAAAUACGCUAUAUAUUUUGCUGAAGCGAUUAAAUUUAUUGAUUACUAUGAUGCAAAUCAAAUUGAUAUAUUUUUUAAGUCUUCGAAUUUUGUUUUUGAUUAUUUUUAUUGAAUUUUUCAAUAUGAAAAAUGUGAAAUUAUAUUGUCGAAGAUAAACGAAAUAUUAAUAAAUUGUGAAUAUUUAAAAUUUAGAAGACCUUAUUACUUAAUUAAACUGGCAGAGCUGUAUAUAGCUUAUAAUAAAAUUGAGCAAGCAGAAAAAUAUCUGGGUGAAGCGGAAAUAUUAUUGAUCAUAGACAAAAUUUUAUUAUGUCCUCAAAAAAAUAUAAAAAUCAAUGACCUAGAUUGCAUCAGUGACUAUAUUGAGCUUGCCAAAAUUUAUAUUAAUUUAUUCAAUACUUUUCCAAAGGCAGAAAAAAUUUUAAAAUACGCUGAAGAGGUUGUUAGCACCAAGAGAUGCAAUGAUCGAUUUUCAAAACUAGCUAUAUAUAACUUGCUUGGAGCUCUAUAUUUUAAAGAGCAAAGAUGGGAAGAGUCAAGACAUUAUAUACAGUUAUCAUUAGAUUUGCAUAAAGAAUUCAACCAUAACUCAGACAUUUAUGGCUCUAAGUUCCAAUAA